UGACACAUCAAUCAAUAGCACAUCAUUACUCUACUAUACCCAAGUGAGUGAAGGCAUUUCUGCACUAUUGCAAAAAGGUACCACCAUGUAUAUUACUCAACCAAAAAAAAAGGUAAAUGAACACUUGAAAAAUAUAUACCCAGAGUUAACUGCAGAGUAUUAUAUAGUAUCUCCUGAGCAACCAACGCAAUAGUCAUCCAACCAACCCCAAGUGCACUCACAUUUAUUCUGCUGCGCCCCGACCCACUGAAAGAAAGAAAGAAAGAAAGAAAGAAAGAAAGAAAGAACAGGCUCCCCUAGCUCCGCCUGCCCAAGGCGCAUUGAGUUUGUCAGUUUCACUGCCCACGGCAUGGGAUCUUGGAGACAAAAACUGCCUGGGUUAGGCGAGGGCUCAGGCUCAGGCUCACAGGCUGCUGAGGCCGGCGGUGGUGGGAGAGGUUUCCGUGGCCGUGGUGGCUUCUACCAUCAACAGCAGUCCCCACAAGGUGGUCGUGGUCGUGGAACUGGCUACUACAGUGGUGGUGGUGGUGGUAGAGGUGGACGUGGGGCAGUCCCGUCCGCCAUAGCUCCCGAGCUGCGCCAAGCAAUGCAAACUUCAAAUGAACCUGAUAACAUCCCAGCGCCAGAGGCAGGCUCCCAGUCCCAGGAUGCGCCGUCACCAAGCGAAGAGGCUGUGGAUCAGCUGAAAGGCUUGUCUGUACAGGACAUUGUGCAGGCGUUUCCAGUGUCGAGCAAGUUCCCUCACCGCCCAGGAAAUGGAAGCGUUGGCACCAGGUGUUUGGUGAAGGCAAAUCACUUCUUUGCUGAAUUAUUACCUGCCAAGAAGGAUCUUCAUCAGUAUGAUGUUUCAGUUACCCCGGAAGUGACAUCGCGAAUUGUGAACCGUUCUGUCAUGGAGGAGCUGGUGAGGCUGCACAAGCUGUCAUAUUUGGGAGGUCGGCUUCCAGCCUAUGAUGGUAGAAAGAGCCUGUACACGGCUGGACCCCUGCCAUUCACUUCGAAAGAAUUUCACAUCACUCUACUCGAGGAAGACGAUGGUUCUGGAGUAGAGAGGCGUAAGAAGACAUACAAGGUAGUGAUUAAAUUUGCCGCAAGGGCUGACCUCCGGCGUCUGGAGCAGUUUUUAGCUGGAAGGCAGGCAGAGGCUCCUCAAGAAGCCUUGCAAGUUCUUGAUAUUGUUCUGCGGGAGCUGCCGACAACAAGAUAUGCACCGUUUGGGCGAUCGUUUUUCUCUCCUGACCUGGGGAGGAGGCGUUCCCUUGGUGAGGGAAUAGAAAGCUGGCGUGGGUUUUACCAGAGCAUUCGCCCUACUCAAAUGGGCUUGUCAUUGAAUAUUGAUAUGUCUGCAACUGCUUUCUUUGAGCCAUUACCUGUCAUAGAUUUUGUUGCACAGCUUUUAAACACCGACGACAUCUACUCGAGGCCCCUCUUAGACGCUGAACGUGUCAAGAUAAAGAAGGCCUUAAGAGGCGUGAAGGUGGAAGUUACGCACCGUGGUAACAUGCGACGCAAGUAUCGAAUAGCUGGUUUAACAUCUCAGGAAACUCGGGAGCUAACUUUUCCUGUUGAUCAAGGUGGCACAGUGAAGUCAGUUGUACAGUAUUUUCAAGAGACCUAUGGCUUUGCCAUCCAGCACACCUACCUGCCCUGUCUGCAGGUUGGCAACCAGCAGCACCCAAAUUACCUUCCAAUGGAGGUCUGCAAGAUAGUGGAGGGACAGAGGUACUCUAAGAGAUUAAACCAGAGUCAGAUAAGAGCUCUUUUAGAGGAGACAUGCCAACGCCCACAUGAUCGUGAGCGCGACAUUAUUCAGGUAAUAUAUUUGGGUUCUCCUUUCUUUUGUGACUUCAUUAUGCUUAUGCAAAUGCCAACCUUUUUUUUUUGUGUGUGCCCGCAGAUGAUGAAUCAUAACUCUUACCAUGAGGAUCCUUAUGCUAAAGAGUUUGGCAUUAAGAUCAGCGAGCGUUUGGCUUCGAUUGAGGCACGGAUUUUACCUGCUCCUCGGCUCAAAUAUAAUGAAACCGGCAGAGAGAAGGACUGUUUGCCUAGAGUUGGGCAGUGGAAUAUGAUGAACAAGAAAAUGGUAAACGGUGGCAGAGUGAGGAGCUGGACCUGUGUGAAUUUUGCUCGGAAUGUGCAAGAGAAUGUUGCUAUUGGAUUCUGCCGUGAACUUGCUCGGAUGUGCCAGGCCUCGGGAAUGGACUUCGCGCUGGAGCCUAUCCUUCCGCCUAUAUACGCGCAUCCUGAUAAAGUGGAGAGAGCUCUGAAAGCCAGGUUCCAUGACGCGAUGAACUUGCUCGGACCACAGCGCAGAGAACAACUCGACUUGCUGCUCAUUGGAAUACUCCCUGAUAACAACGGUUCUCUUUAUGGUGAUCUGAAGCGUAUCUGUGAAAUCGACCUUGGAUUAGUUUCCCAGUGCUGCUGCGCAAAGCAAGUCUUUAAGAUGAACAAGCAGAUACUGGCAAACCUUGCGCUGAAGAUAAAUGUCAAGGUCGGAGGAAGGAACACGGUGCUGGCUGAUGCGGUGUCAAGACGCAUUCCCUUGGUGACUGACAGGCCUACCAUCAUAUUCGGUGCCGAUGUGACCCAUCCUCAUCCUGGAGAAGAUAGCAGCCCUUCCAUUGCUGCUGUUGUGGCUUCCCAAGACUGGCCUGAGGUGACAAAGUAUGCUGGUCUAGUUUCUGCUCAGUCUCAUAGGCAAGAGCUGAUAGAGGAUCUCUACAACGUCACACACGAUCCUCAGAAAGGAACCGUUUGUGGUGGCAUGGUCAGGGAGCUUCUUAUAUCCUUCAAAAAAUCAACUGGUCAAAAGCCUCAGAGGAUACUAUUCUACAGGGAUGGUGUGAGUGAAGGGCAGUUCUACCAAGUUCUACUGCAUGAACUGGAUGCUAUCCGAAAGGCGUGUGCAUCGCUGGAAGCAAACUACCAACCGCAGGUGACUUUCAUCGUCGUCCAGAAACGCCACCAUACCAGGCUGUUCGCGCACAACCACAACGACCAGAAUUCGGUCGACAGGAGCGGCAACAUACUUCCUGGAACUGUCGUGGACUCGAAGAUCUGCCACCCUACAGAGUUCGACUUCUUCCUGUGCAGCCAUGCUGGCAUCAAGGGCACCAGCCGUCCUGCUCACUACCAUGUCUUGUGGGACGAGAACAACUUCACAGCCGACGCACUGCAGACCCUCACCAACAACCUUUGCUACACCUACGCGAGGUGCACGCGCUCUGUGUCCAUUGGUAGGUUUGUCAAAGUUAUAUCCAUUGCUGAAUCGAUGCACGAGCAACAGAUAAACCAAAAGAUGCAUAUGCCUUCCUUGCAGUCCCGCCGGCGUACUACGCUCACCUGGCCGCAUUCCGCGCCCGGUUCUACAUGGAGCCUGACAGCUCAGACAGCGGGUCGCUGGCGAGUGGCGCCCGUGGAGGCGGAGCGCCCUCCAGCUCGUCAACGUCCCGCAGCACCCGCGCCACCGCCGGCGGAGCCGUUAGACCCCUCCCCGCGCUCAAGGACAGCGUCAAGAAGGUCAUGUUCUACUGCUGAUGAACCGGAGCAUGAAGAUAGUAGGCAGCCCUGCCUGAAAUCUGAUCCGCUUGGUGCUGUUGUUUGGUCAGUAAUAAUCUGCUUGCUAUUGACAAAGCCGUGCUCAGAAGACAUUUGCUUGGUGUUUGUUUGAUGAAGGGUGGCUAGAGUGGUGGAUUCGCUUCCUGCUUGUACUGAGGGACGACCGUACGUGAAAGAAUCUAGGUCUUUAUUUGUGUUUGGACGAUUAAUAGUAAAACACAAGAGUAUUUUGUUAAGAUAAAUUAUGAGUUUGUGUGGUAUUUAUGGUCUUAUUAAUGGAGAUUAAUCAUCGGUUUUCAAA